UUGUCAUUACAAGCUUGCCACAUUGGCAUUGAACUGCAUAGUAAAUAAAAUUUCAAGUACACUUUGAAUAUAACAGACAAAUUGAAAUUGAUUUAUUUUUUAAACUAUUGAAAUAUUUAAGAAGAAAAAACACCAACAACAAGCAAACGACGAAGAUUCUCAACAACGAACCAAACAACAGCAACAAUGACCUCACAAGCCUCAUCAGAGUGCGAUGGUCCAUCGUCCGGACCUUACGACGCCUAUAUACCACGUAACGGUGACUAUCAAAUUCCGCCAGAUAUACAAGACAAGAUCAAUGCCUUGCGUUUUCUACUCGAAACCGAUCUCAUCGCCUGUGAUGCCAAAUGGACGCUCUUCGUGGCCGCAGCACUCAGCUAUCGCUACGAUACGCAAUUGAAGCCAUUUCCACCGCGUUUUGUCACCACGGAUGCGGGACUCGAUAUCGAUGCGCUCAUCUCGGUCAUCAAUGAUACCCCAAAACUGCGUGUUGUGCUGCAGAAUAUUGUGGAGGAGAAUUACGAUGAAUUCGAUGCGGAUGUUUUGGAUCUGCUGCAUCAUGUGUUGGUCGUGCAACGUGAACCGUUGCUACAUUUGGUGGAUGAUAAUGAUUUCGAUGUGAUACUGAGUAAUAUGGAACAAAGUGAACAGUUGCCGCGGCCGACACAUGUCUUUCGCGUCUGCAAUGUGCCGGUCAUACACGAAGCCAUACAGGAGGAGCCGACAUACAACGAAGACGAACAUUCGCCGAAAUUGGCGUUUCAUGGCAACCGGCUGGAUUGUUUCUUCGCGAUGUUGACGCAGGUCGGCGCUUGUAAACAGCAACCGCCGAAUACGGAGAAUGCCGGCGAUGAACAGGAUGUGCCGCUCAAAUUGACCACCGAUUUGCAAGUCGCUUUGCAGCAUAGUCCGAAUGGCGCCGGCUGGGGUGCUUCCAGUUGCGGUUCGAUGAUCUCGUGUGUGGCGAUUUGUGAAUUUGAGAAUCAUCCAGAAUUUGUUUUCGGCGUUGCGUCGAGUUCUAUAAUCGAAGUGCGUAAACCGGAUUUGGUGCGCAUACGCUAUUUGCUCUUCUAUGGCAGCCGCUUUCCCGAUGAAGAUGAGCCGGAAGAGAAGCGUCCAUCUAGCUGGUUGGGUCGCCAUAAAUACUCGUUAUCGCUUGCUUGCUAUAUGUUGUUGUUGGCAUCGAUUGGUGUGGCCAAUAGCGGCAGUGGGCAAUAUUGGAAGCAGAUUGUCAGUAAGAAGGCGCAUUUGCUGCUGGACUUCUGCAGACGCAUUUUUACGCCAGAGUAGUGGGAAGGUGAAAGCGGGUUGUAGUUUUAAAAAUGCUUGACAAUUUUUUAUUUAUCUUUUAUAUAUAUUUCUGCUUUUGUGCACUGAAUAUUCUUAGUAAAAUACUAAAAUAAAUAGUAUUAAAAAAA